AUGAACGGAACACAAUCAUCUACAGCCAACAUUGUCCGGCGAGCUAAAGCAUGUAAUACCUGUCGGCGUAAAAAGGUCAAAUGUGACGGAAAGCGACCUAUUUGUUCACCUUGCCAUGCGUUCAAUCUCACUUGCGGGUAUCAAGAUGUCAUGGACCGCCGGAAACGCGAGAGUCGCCCAUAUGUUGAACAGCUAGAGAAGCGAAUUGAAAAAAUGCAGGAGCAAUUGGAGCGUUUGACUAGAUCUGGAACUGAAAUCCAGCGAGGCGUGGAGAAUACCCGACGACCAACUUCGCCGGGCACGUCAGUCGAGAGCAGUACUAAUUUAGGGGAGCCAGAAGACCAAACAGACGGAGACAGCAUCCCUGGAAUGUCUCAGGUACCUUCUGACAAGGGUCCUCACCCUCCCGCCGAGAAUGAUCAAUCUAUUGUCAUUGACGCACAGGACGGAAAAAUGCGCUAUUUUGGGGCUUCGUCUGCGUUUUCUGCAUUGACAAAUGCCGAAUUGAAUGGGCUAGAGGCACAGCCGGAUAUUGGGGUUUGGCGACGCGCACCUCAAAGAAGUGCUAAUCCAUGGCAACUUUCCAGCUGGGUUCCUCAAAUUCUUCAAGAUGGCCUUGAACGGCGCAUUUUCGAACCUCUACCAUGUAAGGACACAACUGUCCAACUAGUGCGAGAGUACUUUGCAACUUUUAACCAAGCAAUUCCUCUUUUUGGGGAGGUCUCGUUCAUGAGGUCCGUCGACAGACAAUACUCAUGGAAUCCCGAUAAUAGUGCAUCAUGGUGGAUCUCCCUCAAUAUCGCUCUGGCCAUAUCAUACAGAGAAAGGGCACAUGCAUCUUCUGAUGCUAGUGACAACUGGAGAAAGUCGUUGGGACAUGUUAAGAAUGCCUUGAACGCUGUCGUUGACGUCUUCCUUCAAAACACUGACAUUGCCGCCGUGCAGGGUCUCCUGGGGCUGGCGCUUUACUUUCAGGGUACACCUAACCCCCAAGCCCUUUUUAUGUUCGCGGCUGCAGCAAUGCGUCUGGCCCAGUCAAUAGGACUGCAUAGAGAAAACGGCGCUGGAGCUUCACCCGAGGCGGAGCACAGGCGAAGAGUGUACUGGGUCGCUUUCAUACUUGACUCAGACAUUUCCAUCCGGGUGGGCCGCCCGCCGGUCCAGGAUAUCGAAGACUAUGAUACACAUUUACCGACAGAGAAUCCAUCUGACGGCAGAGGCAUAUUAACGAUUGACGGUACUAGAAUGAACUACUUCCGUCUCCUUGCUCAACUAGCCCAGAUUCAGCGGCUUGUUUAUAAAAAGCUCUACACGGUAACUGUUCGUCAAGAAUCGAGUGAUGAUGUUAUUGAAAGAAUCAAGUCUUGUGAAGACGCGCUGUUGAGCUGGAAGAAGACCUUACAUUCGAGGCUUCAACCCCAGCGUAAAUUUUCCUGUAAACCAACUUAUUUCCUGCAACAUGUCCUUCGAUUACAUUUCGCAUUUAAUUGCUGUUACUCAAACCUUUAUCAGCACGUUCUGCAUUGGCGCUACUAUCACAUGUGCCUUCGCUCGGCUCUACCUACAAGUGCAUGUGUGCCUCUUGCACUAAGGAUACUCGCACAUCCUGCACAUUCAGAAGCUGGGGACGAUCUUUCAAUGAUCCAGGAUGUUAUUAAAUUUCUCACAUGUACUUCUUCUGAGGAGCCUAAUACAUACAUCGACUUUGUAUUGGGCAUGUGCUCUGACUUAGAGCGUUCUGCUAGGAGGGCCUUCUUGCCGGCGCAAUCUGCCCGCAACCAUCAUCCAGCAAUUAUGCAGAACAACGAAAAUAACAGGCCUAGUCUAUCUAGCUAUGGGAUCAAUGAAAAUACAGCCCCCAAUCUUUCCGACGCGAUACCGACUCCUUUUGGUAGCGCUUCUGCGGCAAAUAUGGGAAGCGCACAGUUUACGAAUGUGAUGCCGCAGGGGCCCUACACAGAUAAUGGUUUUCUGGGGUCUUUCAACGAAGUUGAUCAGGCGACUAACUGGCAGUGGUCCCUACCGCCAUUUUGGAACUGGCAGGAUCUUGUUUCAGGUGCGCCUUCGUUUCCGGUCGUUCCGGGAGUGGAUAUACCGGAGGCCAAUAUGCCAGAUACUUGA